UCUUGCUUCCUAGAAAUUAGAAACCUCAUUAACAUAUGGAACAACACAGUCUGAUACUCUAGAAUUUAUAACCCUUUUGGUGUAGUAUUGAUUGCAAGUCCAGAGAGUUAAAGCCAAAUGCUUGCAGAAACAUUCCCCUGCAAGAGAACAGGUGUAGGAUUCUGAAUUAAAUUUGGAAUGAUCCCCUAUAAAGCUGAGUAAACAAAUCGAAUUCAGCGGAUGUGAGUGUAAAGGGAUUGUAGGCUCACCGUAUUGUAAUAUUUGGGGACAUGAGAUGGAAAUCAAAGAGUAUUAUGGUUGGCCACAUGGUCUACUCAUUAGAGCAGGCAGAGCAAUCCAGAGAUGUUAUGGAAAGAAAUGCCAGUAGGAAACCCAUGCAUCCCUCUGUUUGUGCGUGCGCACACACGCACACACAACACACACAAAGGAUAAGAGAGAUACACGAUCAAGGGAAGACUUCUAUAAAGUCUAUCUUUCAGGAAGAGGUUGCUUCCCUGUAUCUUUUGGACAACUUUAGUAGCUGAUAUGGGGCUGAAGAUGGGCGGGGAGGCAGUGAGGAGCGAGGCUUUUUUCAUGCACUGCCACCCCAUGAAGUUGAAAGGAACAAAUCUCCUCAACAUUUGCUCAGAAUACGUCUUUAUAAAUGUCAGGGGCAAACUAAAACCCUUCAGACUUAAAAGGGGAACUGGUGACAUAUUGGGGGUAACUGUUCAGUCCCCACCUAAUUUUACACAGCAUGUGAGGGAGCAGAGCCUGGUGACCGACCAACUAAGCCGGAGACUCGUCCGGACCUAUCAGCUAUACAGUCGAACCAGCGGGAAGCAUGUUCAAAUCCUGGACAACAAGAAAAUCAAUGCUAUGGCAGAAGAUGGAGAUGCUCAUGCUAAGCUCAUUGUGGAGACUGAUACUUUUGGGAGCAGAGUAAGAAUCAAGGGAGCAGAGACAGGCUUCUAUAUUUGCAUGAACAAAAAAGGAAAGCUGAUUGGCAAGAGCAAUGGCAAAGGCAAGGAUUGUGUCUUCACUGAGAUUGUGCUGGAGAACAACUACACAGCAUUACAAAAUGCAAAAUACGAAGGAUGGUACAUGGCCUUCACCCGGAAGGGACGUCCCCGCAAAGGCUCCAAGACUCGUCAGCAUCAGCGUGAGGUGCACUUCAUGAAGCGGCUGCCCAAAGGCCACCAAACAACAGAGCCUCAUAGACGCUUCGAAUUUCUCAAUUAUCCUUUCAAUCGAAGGAGCAAAAGGACUCGAAACUCCAGCCCAAAACCAUCGCCCUGACCUGCCUCACCUUGUCCCACUCAGGACCACUUUCCUUUGCUGGAGGACAUUGUGCAGAGACUCAGUUGAUGGACAAUAACUAGAGACUUACCUAUGACGAUGACUAUAAAAGGGGAUUGGAAGAAGAGGAGGAACAAAACUUGAUUUAGUUGUUUAUAAUUGUUCUGUGUUUUUUUAAAAAAACAAAAGAGGC